CUUUGAAUGGGGGGCGCUGGAACCGUCUGCUUGUCACCGCUUGCCUCUUUGUUCAAACUGAUGUUGAUUCUCUCUCAGUGUAGCUUCUGGUGAGAGGAGGGGGACGAAGCACCUUGCUGUGUGUGAGUGUGCAUCUAUUCCGAUCCGGCAGAUACUAGUGUCUGAGGAUGAACGGCGCAUACGCAGCUCAGUGAGGAGAGGGGAAGGCGAAGGAGCGUGAAGUCCAAGACGUGGAGCGCCUGUGCACACUCUCUGGCAGCUGGUGCCUCUGCAAAGUGCUGUUUCACCCUGGUUUCGUCGUUUGCCGUCGGUCUCUGCACCCUGGUAGCUCUGGGGAGCACCUGCACUGAGGCGCAAAGCUUUCCGCUCACAUUCCUGAGGAUUGCACCACUAAAAGGCAUCUCGUGUUAUCAAAUAAGGUCCAGGAUGGCGCUCAGUCUAUGUGCAGGGGGUCAGCACAUCCUCUUUGUUCUCAUGCUGCUGCUCUGUUUUGGUUCAGGGGCAGCCUCCUCCAUAGUGAACAUGCGUAGGAUCACACAUCCUACAGUGAAAGAAAUGCUGGCAGGCAAAGCCGUCCUCCCAUGUGUCUUCACCCUUCAGACCAUCUCCACCAGUGAACCUCCUCACCUUCUGUGGACUCGUGUAAGGCAGGCAGCAGGUGCACAGGGCGCCCCUCUGGAGCAGACUGUGCUUUCUGCUAAAGGUGAUGUAAUCAAGGUGAAUAAGGCUUUCAGUGGCCGUGUUAGGCUGCCAGGAUACACUGCCAAUCCCCUGAAUGCUACCAUGGAGAUCUCCAGUCUCCGUACCAACGACUCAGGCACUUACCAGUGUCAGGUUGUCAUGGGAGACGCCUAUGAGAGAGACACUGUGCCCCUGGUGGUCUCUGGCGUGGUGUUUCACUACCAGGCCGCCACUGCCCGGUACACCCUCUCAUUUACUGAUGCACAGCGGGCCUGCCAGGAGAACUCAGCUCAGAUCGCCACACCAGCCCAGCUGUGGGCAUCGUACUACGACGGCUUCGCCAGCUGUGCAGCCGGCUGGUUGGAUGAUCAGACAGUCCGCUACUCUGUCCAGUUGCCAGAGCUCGGUUGCUAUGGACACAAGGAAUACUCUGCUGGAGUGAGGAAUUAUGGGAAGCGGGAUCCAAAAGAGCUGUUUGAUGUUUACUGUUUUGCGGAAGAACUGGAUGGUGAGGUGUUUCACUCCUCAGUCCACGGUAGGCUGUCGCUGUCCUCGGCUUCAGACCGAUGCGUGUCCCUCGGGGGGCAGCUGGCCACAGUGGGGCAGCUGUAUCUGGCAUGGAGGGCUGGCCUGGACAGCUGCGCCCCAGGGUGGCUCUCUGAUGGCAGCGUUCGCUACCCGGUGACCUGGCCUCGGCCGGACUGUGGAGGGAACCAACCUGGAGUCCACAGCGUUACACCCAACAGCACUACUGACAAUAACACAGCUCUGUAUGAUGCCUACUGCUACAGAGGUAAAGUGAAAGAAUCGGACUCCAUCUCUGAGAUCUACACAUCUCUGUGGAAGCCCUGGAGCUACCUCACAGGCUCAACUGAUGCCGCCUCCACAGGGACGGACAGUGUUGACCGGACUACACAGCAAACCACCACUAGCAGAGGAUCCUCAGGUGGCAGUGAUGUUUCUGCAUCAAACUGGACUGGAUUUGUUGACCUGGAAGAGGAGGCCACACUUCACAGCACUGAUACUUCCUCAGACCCCUGGUCUUCUGAGUCCUCGGGGACGUAUGUGACCCUCCAGCUGAUCCCAGGGCAGAGCUCAUUAGACUGGGGGGAGCUGCUGGAGCCUGGCCCAGACUCAGAGGAGUUCCUCCGACCCCCGGUUUACCCAACUCCUGCUGAGAAGAAGGUGAUGUCGAAGAUUGUUAAAUCCAUGUGGAAACCUUGGAACUACUUGGUGGGGAAUGAUGAUGAGCAGGGGACCCCAACACCUGGUGAAAAAGCAGGGGAAGAGGAGAUGCACACAAAAAAGACUGAUGAAGGGUCUGAACCAGCCAGUACCACACAACAGGGUUUCUUUUCCUGGGGAAGUUUAUGGUUCAGCAGUACCUCGAGGGAGAACUCCACACCAGCCAGUGAAGAUUCACCCACUCGUCUGGACGCCUCCAAUAAGUCUCUGACUACAGAGAGCACCAGGAGGUGGGAGAAUUCAGAGACUCACACCUUCACCGCCUCCAGUCCUGCACCUGAAGUCACCUCCUCCAGCACUGAAACUUUGGUCCGCAUUGACACAGAAACCACAACCCAGCCGGGUGAGAAGAGGGAGGAGACGGCGACUUCCAGAGCCGGUAGAGGAAGAGGAAGGGGGAAGAAGAACAGAGGGGAGGAUAGGAGCAGAGGAGAAGACAAGGGAAGAGGAGAGGAGAAGGGGAAGGCGGACGAGGAGGGGAGCGGGGAAAUCACCGGAGCUGAAGCAAAAGGGGAGAUCCAAGUUUCACGUCGCCCGGUUGGAACAAGUAAACCAAGAGAAAGAUCCAGAUCUAGAGAGAGGGGUCACAGGAAGGGACAGUCCACCACUACUGCCACCACCACUACCACCACCACCACCAGUCCUCUGGAGCCCACAGUCAUCUCCAGUACUGGGCCAGAAAGCACAGACGUUUCUACAGCUGAACCCACCUCCCAAACAGAGACCACAUCCUCAACCCUAGCACCAGACUCCUCCUCCUCCUUCUCCUCCUCUUCAGUCAUAUCACCAUCAUCACCAUCAUCAUCAUCAUCUGUCACUUUCUCUCAGUCAUAUUCCCCAUCGGAACCCUCAUCAUCUCUUCCCUCCUCCUCUUCCCAGUCCCCCUCACAGUCUCCAACCGCUGAGUCAGGAAGCCCAACAUCUUCCCCUCUCAACCAGGGCAGCCCCUCUGACCCCUUUAAGCCUCUUGACUGGGUCCCAGUGGAGAGAACAGUUGUGAACAGCUCUCAGGAUUAUCCUCCAGUACUGUCGGGCCCCCGUGAUGAUGAGGAGCCUGCUUGGUCUCACACUGUGGGCUCUGGAGCUCUGUUACCUGGCAACAUGGAAGAAGAGAGCAAAAGAGGAGGAGACAAUAUCAGUACAAUAACACUCAGCCCGACAGUUGAGGUGGAGGCCUGCGUGACGAACCCAUGUCUGCACGGAGGAAAAUGUCUUCCUCAGGGAACAGGCUACAGCUGCUACUGCCCACAAGGAUACACUGGGGAGAACUGUGAGAUUGAUGUUGAUGACUGCCAGUCUGAGCCAUGUGAAAAUGGAGGCACUUGUGUUGACAAGAUUGAUUCCUUCCUCUGCCUUUGCCUGCCCAGCUACGGAGGAGAUACGUGCGAGAAAGACAUAGAAGGUUGUGAGCACGGUUGGAGGAAGUUCCAUGGCCACUGCUACAGAUAUUUUACCCACCGACACACCUGGGAGGAUGCAGAGAAAGACUGCAGAGAGCACAGCGCCCACCUUAGUAGUGUAAUCUCCACCACUGAGCAGGAGUUUAUUAACGGUCUGGGUCAUGACAACGCCUGGAUCGGUCUGAAUGAUCGCACAGUCGAGGAGGACUUUCAGUGGACCGAUGGAAACGAUCUAGUUUAUGAGAACUGGAGGGAGAGCCAGCCGGACAAUUUCUUUGCAGGAGGGGAGGACUGUGUGGUGACCAUUGCCCAUGAGGACGGCAAGUGGAACGACGUGCCCUGCAACUACAACCUGCCCUACAUCUGCAAGAAAGGCACAGUAUUGUGUGGGACCCCGCCCACUGUGGAAAACGCCCAUUUGAUAGGUCGGCGGAGGUCACACUACGACAUCCAUGCUGUGGUACGUUACCAGUGUUCUGAAGGCUUCUACCAGCGUCACAUCCCCACCGCACGCUGCCGGGCCGACGGGAGCUGGGAGAGACCCCGCAUUAUCUGCACAAAGUCCCGGCGAUCACACCGGUACCGACGCCACCACCACAAUCAGCACCAUGAACGUCGCAACCACAGGAGGCACGGAGGAGAUGGACACAAGGCCAGAGAGGACGCACACAGCUACUACUGAACCAAAUAAUACCACGUCUGCAAUGCCUAGGUGCUAACCGUGGCCCAUAAAGAAAGACAGUAGUUCAUAUCAGAGUCAUUCUCAUUUCCUUUCCUGCUUCUAACGUUGCUCUGUUAGGCGUUCCUCCUCUUAAUGAAAACCGUUUUCUUCCCUCCACAUAAACUCAUGUCUGAUUUUGGCUGUUUUGAUGCUUCUUUAUAUUUUUACCGCUUCUAACAGAGGUCCACGCGAACACUAACUAUAUCAGUAACUCUUGUUAAUAUCCUGUUUUCCUAACAUCCGAGUCCUAAAUCCUGAAUUAUAACCCUCUCAGACUGACAGCAGUGUGUGUGUGUGUGUGUGUGUGUGUGUGUGUGUGU